UGGCUUUGUGGGGUUCACAAUUGAACGUUAAUGGAUCGAAACACACUGAUUCAAUGUAAAUUUUGGAAAAUGUCCGACACACAUUUCAUUGUGGCAGCAAUAGACUUCGGGACGACUUAUUCCGGAUACGCGUUUCAGCUUACACAAGACUAUGACUCAAAGAAUCCUACCUUCAAGAUCAUGAGUCCACAAGCCUGGAACAGCGGUAAAACUCAACUGACGUCAAUGAAAACUCCGACAUGUCUUCUGUUAGAUAACAACGGCGAUCUAGACUGUUUUGGUUACGAAGCAGAAGAGAAAUACGCUAACCUUUGCUUGGAUAAUGACCACGGUAACUGGUACUACUUCAGGCGAUUUAAAAUGAGGCUCCACGAUUCCAGUGGCUUGGGUACCCAUACCGAAAUGGACGACGAGUCUGGUCGUAGGUUACCAGCAAUCAAAGUGUUCAGUCGGUCAAUAGAAGCACUGACAAGUCAUCUGUUCAAACUACUAGAAAACAAAAGCAUCAGUGUCAAACCAACGGAAAUCAAAUGGUUGCUUACAGUUCCCGCCAUAUGGGACGACACGGCGAAAGGUUUUAUGCGAGAGGCUGCCAACAGAGCCGGCAUUUCAUCUGAAAACCUUACAAUAUGCCUUGAACCAGAGGCUGCUUCUCUUUUCUGUCAGUAUCUUCCGGUUGAGAAGUUCAGCAUGGGAGGCGAGAAGGGAUUCUCUGACUCCAAGCCGGGAACCACAUACAUGAUUGUUGAUCUCGGAGGUGGAACGGCAGACAUAACUGUUCACGAGAAGGUUGCUGCGGGCAAUCUGAAAGAAGUACAUCGAGCCAGUGGAGGACCCUGGGGUGGAACAUUCGUGGACAGCGAGUUCAUCCAACUUAUCAGCUCCAUUGUUGGAGGUCCCAUCAUGGCCGCUUUCAUGAAGGAGCAAAAGUAUGACUACCUGGAACUCAUGCGUGAGUUCGAAGCAGUCAAGAGAAAGAUUGGUCGUGGCACAAAGGACACGAUCAACAUGAAGCUGCCCGGGUCUUUAAACGAGACCUGUCAAAAAGUUGUGAAGAAAGAUUUAAAGCAGCUCAUCAAAAACGCAGGAAAAGAUAAGCAGAUUACCUUCGUCAGCGAUAAAGCCAAGUUUGAUGCAAAGCUUUUGCAAGGUUGCUUUCGCAAGGCAACUGAUAAGAUUGUGGCUCACAUGAAGGCAAUAUUUGAAAAAGAACCAUGCGGAAAGAACAUUUCUAUGAUACUGAUGGUCGGUGGUUUUUCUGAGUCGCUAUUCGUCCAUGAUGUGAUUAAAGAGGCCUUCGGCAACAAAGUCGGGUUGUCGAUUCUGAUCCCAAAUGAUGCUGGAAUAUCGGUUGUUCAAGGAGCUGUCGUAUUGGACGACGCCACGAACCAUUACGUCUCGUAUCUGAGGUUCACGUAUGGCGUUGCAAUUUCACCUGAGUUUGAGGAAGGAAAACAUGACCCGAAGCGUCGCAUCGUUGUUGAUGGUGUUGACCACUGCAGCGGUUGUUUUUCUACUUUUAUUAAUAUCGGAACAGAGGUGAAGAUUGGUCAUAAAGUAAAUGAAACAUACCAAAACACAGUCGCCAAUUCUACUUCAGUAAAAGUAAAAGUAUUUACAGCCAAUGAAACAAAUCCAACGCCGACUUAUGUGGACGAACCAGGUUGCAGAUCCAUUGGAUCACUGGAUGUUACCAUUAAGAAGUCACCCAAGCUGAGAGACAUCGCGGUGGAGUAUAUUUUUGGUGACACAGAACUUCAUCUCAAUGCGUAUGAUGAGGAAACCAAGGAACCAUGCCAAGCCAAACUAAGAUUGUUCGAAUGA